CGAAGUGUUGACGUCACUUCCGCAUAGGAAUGUCAUGUAAAAAUGGCGGUGACUUGCGCGCAAACGUUGAGACGAGCGUGCAUGUUUAUGUUCGGACGUCCUGUUUUGCGGCCGAACGGCUUUUUGUCGUCGCUUUGCUUCGCGAACACUCCGCCGAGCAGGAUCACUGGAGUUUGUAAAAUUGCUGCUGUGACGUCACAAAGAGGAGAAGAGCGGGGAAGGAAGGAUGGAAGAAGAGGCAGAGGCAGAGGAAUAUGGACAGUGCCAGCAGCAAUCUUUGGGUUGUUUGGCUCAUCCGAGGAGCCGUCGAGCAAAGAGGAGGAGCUGAUUAUGCUUCUGAAGAAAGCCAAGCUCAGCAUGUUGAGGGGUGAGCUGGAGGCGGCGUCUUCCUUCCUCCACGCCGCCGCAGCCAUUGCGCAUGGGGAACGCCACCGGCCUGCUAUCAUCUACACGUACAGCCAGAUGGCCAACCUUGCAUACGUUCAAGGUCAUCUGACUCAGCAGGCAGAGAAGCUCUUCAAGGCGGCCAUGAGCUAUAUGCUGGCAGGCGGGAUGCCGCAGGACGACAACGCCUUUGUGGAGAUGUCGCUCAAACUGGCCACCAUGUAUGCCCAAGAGAAUAAGGCGGAGCUGGCCGAGCACGGUUUCAGGUUCUGUUUGGAGACCCUGGAGGGCAAAGUGCAAAAGUUUGAGGAGACGCCAGCAGACCAGCUGACAGAGGCCGAUGAGGUUCUGAGGAAGGACACUCGUCUCCUGCUGGGUCUGUGUUUGGACUCACACGCUCGCUACCUGGCAUCCAAAAAGCAACUGACACAGGCCGCCGCCCACUACCGCAAAGCUUUGGACAUCUGCCAGAAGGAGCAAGGGCCGCAUCACCAUCAGACACUGGUCCUGAUGAGCGACUUGGCUACCAUUUUGGAUUUGCAAGGUCGCCAUGACGACGCCUUGGCGCUGCUCCGUCAGGCGGUGGAUACGGGCCGAGUCUCAGGACACGAGGACCUUCACGUCCUCCUGGCCAACAUGGCCACCGUCUUGCUGCAUGCAGGUCGCCAUGACGACGGCAUUCGCAUGUUCCACGAAGCCCUCGAUCUGGCGCGUGAAGUCGACGACAGCAAUGCUAUCCGGCACAUCUUGCGGGGCCUCAGCCGUGCCGCCAAAACAGCCCAGGCCGACUCUGGGCGAGAGGAGGCGGAGCAACCUGUAACUUAAGAUGAGGGUCACAGGUCGACUUUCUAUGUGGGGAAUAAAGGAGGUUGAAGUGAACAAAGUU